ACUGCGGAUUGAAUAGCCACAGUGCCUCCUGGUGGGGGUUGUUCACCGUGCCGCAGCAAAGGUGUUUGGUGGGUCAUUCUUCUGCCAUGUCAGUGAAUUUGCCUCUUUCUGUCAAAGACAUAGUGACCCCCAGUGCCAGAGACGUCAGCCAGGACUGCACAAGUAUGAUCAUGCCCUCUGGUGUUUCCAGCUUCUUGCUGGAUUGUAUGGAUUCAGAUUUGGAAGCAGGUGAGCCACUACCUUCAAUCGAGACUUUGUGCAAAGCUGAUACUUAUGAUGAGGGAACAGGUUUGAUCAGUGAAGAUGAAAUGCUGCACUGCUAUAUCAAGAACUCAACGCUUCUCAGUUUCAGUGAUGCUGUGAAUAUCGGCAUGCAGCACCCUCCAAACCUCUCCUCCAUUCUGGAGCUGUCACCUGUUAUUGAUGGAAAAAUUGCAAAAGAGUCAUUUUCUCUGCCCCCCUCUCAACCUGUGUCACCUCUUGGCUCCUCACCUUUGGUUGGGCCAUGUGAAUAUUUGACAUCCCCAAAAAAUACCUCAGGAGGUAAAAGCAAAACCACUGGAGUUGAAGAAAGGACACCUAUAACUAAGAUAGUUGUGACAUUUUCUCCUGUUGUGAAAAAAAAGCCUCUUACAGGAAAACAGCCCAUAAAAUGCAGAAAGGUGACCUUCAGUGAUGUCAUCAGGACACAGGCCAUAUCAGUGCUUAAUCCUAGUUCAGUGAAGCCUCAAAGAAGAGCCUAUAAUGUUCAUAAGAAUGACAUGAGGAGGAACACCAAAGAGCGUUCUUUGCAGACAGCAAGAUUUUUUGACUUUGCUGAUGAAUGUGAGAAGGAAGCUUUUUUCCAAAGACUGAAGCUGACCUACACCUUUCAGCUUCCUGCUAAACUGAUCACCUUCACAGACCUGCCGAAGACUGAGGAUGUGUGAGGUCAUCAAGAGAGAAUGGACCUAGUUGCAAGUUUCCCCCUCACAGGGUGGAAUUACCUUUCAAUUCCAUUACCCAAAUGGCUCUCGGACAUGCAGAGGUUUUCAGCUGCAAAGCCACAUACAACAUCUUAUAUGCUAUGCUGGAGUUGAACGCUCUGCAACGGAGUCUCUCUGCCUGAGAUUGUAUAAUCCUGAUUUGACCAUAACAGACUCAUCAGCGGGGACCAUUGGGGACUACAUCACCCAGUCAACAACUUUGGUCAGUGGGUUGAAGUUGAAGAGGUAAUUUCUAAAUUUUCUCCUUUUUGAUUGAAAACUAAUUGCACUCUGUGAAUAUUUAACCUUAACCUUAAAAUUAGCUGACACCCACACCACUAAUCAAUUUGUGAUUGAUUUAGACAUGUUGAAGUUUGUCAGCAACAUCCCUUUGUGGACUUGUAUAAUUUACAUAGCAGACAAAAGAGAAGGAUAGAGAAAAUUUGCUUUUUUGUAUCAAUACAAGGAGGUGGUCCUUGGAGGAUUACAAGAUGAGCACAAGCUUUAACAGAAUUGAUUUUAAUUACAUAGCAUGUCAAAAUGAGCAAAGCGGCAUAAACAUAUAUAUAUUGUUCAUAAUGUUCAAAAAGGUUUCUCAAAUUUUGUUUAGCGCAGAUGGGUAAUAUUGUUUCCCGCACUAGUCUCAUAGGUUCUAAUAUAUUUACCCAGCUCUCACACUCACUCACACUCUCUCUCUCUCUCUCUCUCUUACUCUCUCUCUCUAACACCCACACACACACACACACACACACACACACACACACACACACACACAUUGGGAGAUAUCGUCAGGGGUGCCUUGGUCAAAAAAUGUUUGAACCACUGCUUUAGAGUAAGCCAUUGCUUUCAUUUCAUCUUAAAGAGUUGCCUCUACCUGCAUGGUUCUAUUCACCUCUACGGUUGCCUCUACCACCAUGCCUUACAGGGAUGGCUCCUCUUCCUUUGGCAAAAUAUUGUAUUUUUAUUAUAAAUCUUUCCAAUAACAGCCUUCUAUUUUAUUUAAAAACAAAAAAUCCGGGGGGGGCCUGUGUGACCUGUGUGUUCACCGUUACAUCAGCAUCCCCCUAGCGCAGCAUCCAGUGAUACUCGCUAACCUUUUCAUUUAUUAUUAACAUAGUAACCAGAAUUAAAUGCUUACCCCCACCACUCCUUGUGUUUGAUUGAUAGGAGUGGCAAAUUUUGACUAGCCUUUGACCCCUUCCCUUUUGCGCAGUGUAGUCCUUUAUGAAGCCAGAAACUCAAGCAUGUGUAGUAGUUUAAGGCUUAUAUCUCUGGCUUGAUGCCAGCUGAACUGUGAGCAUAGCUGUCAACUUUUCUACAAAUACAUGAGAGAGCCUGAGUGUGAUUCCCCUUUUUAAGAUGCUGAUAAUAUAGCUUUAUCACCUUACAGGGAUGGCUUCCCUUCCUUUGGCAAAAUAUUGUAUUUUUAUUAUAAAGAUUUCCAAUAGCAUACUUCUUUUUUUAUUUAAGGCAUUAACAUAUUUUUGUUAAUUAUUGACCAUAAUUAAUGUUAUUAAUUACACCUAUAUUUACCCUGUGAUGAUAAACCCAUUUUCCACAUUAUGUUUCCUAAGUUAGUAGCACAUAACACCAGCAAAUAUAACACAUUGAAAAUCUGCAACCCUUGACUACGUGAAGUGUUUAUUCUAUUUAGAGAACUGCUGCACAAUUAGAGAAUUACAUGGAAUUAAUUAUUUUUAGCAUACCUAGUGCUAACCAUAUUUGUCAUAUUUCAAGAGAUACAAGUUGAUAGUAUUUUUAGAAGGAAAGUGAAAAAAUGGUUGUUUUAUCAUUGAUGUUUUGAAGUUUGUGUGGUGAGUUUCUGAACUUGAUAUUGAUUGCACUCCAUUUAUGAUUUGUUCAUCCAUUUUUUAAAAUACCGAGGACCACAAUGGAAAUAAGCCGAUGGCUUUUUUGUGUAUUUUAAAAAGCCAUCGGCUUAUUGUGACAUGAGUAUGAAUUAGUCUUUUUGGACUUUUUUGUAUUAUGUCUUAAAUUUUGUCAAAUAAAACAAACAAACAAAAAAAGACACGUUACUUGGUUAUAUCUAUAAUUACAUAGUUAUAUGAGCUCGGAUAACAUUGCUGUGAUUACUUGGUUUUCCAGCCAUGACUGGUUUUCCAGCCAUUACUUGCUGAGUCUGAGGGAGCCUGGCCCCAUGUCCAACUGUGUAAAUGUGGUGAGGGCCAGUGUUCUGGAGACCACUUUAAGGACCUUCAGGAGCUGCCUUUAAUCCCUGCAGACAGUUGGACAUUGUAUUUGUAAUGUAGAGAUUACACCGUUACCAGCAGGGGGUGGAUGCAGUUGAUGAUGGGAAGGUGCAGUUGAUGAUGGUGGUCCUCCCCGGGAAUUUCUCAUGAAAGCAGUUCUGGAGUCAUGGUAUUUUGUGGGGCCGCAGAACUGCAAGAGCCUUGCUCUUGAUUCUCUUGGUAUGUACAUCUGUUGUGUAAUAUAGUAGGGAGCAAGUUGUAUAAUUUAGUGAAAAAAAAUUUAUUUGCAACAAGGUUUCCCAAAUUUCAGAAAUAUGUAAAGGUGUAAAAUUCCAUGGGAAUUAACAGGAAUAAAAUGGAAAUUUAGGAAGUAUUUACUCAGGCUGUAUGUACCAUGUUGUAUGCAGAGAGAAACACAAACCUUUUAGAAGCAAAUCAGAAGAAAUUCAUCCUAAUAGUAAAUAAAAAUUAGUUAUAUGACCUGAAGUUUCAUUAAAUUAGUUGACUAUGUUGGGUUGCAUGCAGAGGGUUGUAAUUUUACUGCCUUCCCAUUAAAUGGGAUGCUAAAAGUCUGUCAGUGAAGCCACUCUGCUCAUCUGGAUAACCAAGAACAGACCCCUUUUUCUUUGAAUGGUGAGUCAUCUGUAUCUAAGAAUCUUUCAUACAUAUCAUAAUUUUACUUUCAUAUUUGAGGUCACUGGUAAAUUACUGACAACCCAAAGUGGUUGUCAAAAAAUACAAUAUCACAAAUAUUACAAUAUUACAAUAUUAUUACAAUAUUAUUACAAUAUUACAAAUAUGUUUUUCCACGUAUACCAGCUUCUAUGCAUGCACUAUCCAGUUGAUCUGCUAUGGAGUCCUAGUUUACCAUGGUGACCACUUUGGGAAGUGUUCAAUAUUAAUUGAAAAUGUAACAUUUCGACUCAAGAUGCUGUAAAUGAUAAUUUUACUAAACAUAAUUACAUCACAAUUAUUUUCUCGGAAUAUGUUUACUUUGUAGCAAGUACUUUCUGUUACAGUUCAGAAAAGAAGAGUACCCAAAUGCAGGACAAAUGCAGAAAUUAACAAAAGUAAACUUUAAUAAAACUGACAGGUGGAGUAGACAAAGGCACUAUCCAGUUGGGGGAAUCCAGCUGGGAAAUCCAGAAACAAACAGGUGAAAUCUAAACAAAGUCAAACAAAACAAAUUCUAAGAGUAACCAAACAAAAGAAAGAAAGAAAAAAAAAGGAAAGAAUGACACGAGGAACACUGGCAAUGGAUCACAGGGUACAAACGCAGGAUUAACAGACAAAUUGACAUAAUCAGUGAGGAAAGGCUGGCCAAUAAAUAGACAGAACUGAUAGGAUAACGAAACACAGGUGAGUACAAAAUUGGAGUGGCAUAGAACUCGCACAAAGACAGACGGGGGAGACACAGACAGGGAAGCAAAGGAGACACAGGAAAAGGGAAAACAGAAACACAUGGAAAGAGCAAAGGAAAAAAAGGGACAUGGCAGAGACCAUGACACUUUCGCUGUUGCUGCGAACUUAAGUGUUACAGAUUCUUUUAAAACUACCAUCAUUAUAUAGACUUUCUCUGGAUGCUGGCAAUUGCCUGUACAUGAGAUUGUAGAUAUGGAGUGCACAGCAUGAAUGCAGGGUUGCAGUAAAACUAAAUUUCAAUGUAAAUGUAAAUAAAACUAAGUUUCAAUGUAUUUCAAACAAAUCAUGCUGCAAUACCUAGUAUUGCCGUUAUUACAAGUAAUUCCUUCCAAAAUAAGUUCACUAUAAUAAGAUAUGAUUUUUUUUUUUUUUUGAUACUGGGGGAGAAUUUCCCAAAAGUUUACAACUCUAAUUGCAAGACUGAUAAAAAUGUCUCAUGUCAAUUAUUACAGGCUUGUCCAGGGGAACUUAUAAGAUGAUGAAAUCUGUCUGCCUUGUCCAUGGGACCCGGUGUGCUGUCCAGAUGGCUGUUUGCACAGGUGUCAGGGCUCUCUGCUCCCUCAGUGGACAUAACGAAGGUUGACGACACAGAGCUGUGUGAUCAACUGGACAGAUCCAAAGUGCAGAGACCAUUGAAGAGGCCCGCACAGCCAUGGUGGAGGCAUCAAACAGACCUGGUCCAGGCCGCCCUAACCUUUUAUGUGGAGGGACGGUUGGAGAUGCUCCUGAAACAGCUGAAGGAAGGACUAGGAGUGUUGGGGUUAUUAAUGGCCUAGAAGUGCACUCUGCACUUAUGGAGGACCUCUUCUGUGGUAGAGCCUUUAUGACCAGGAGCCUUGUUGGCUGCCUCCUCUUCUCAGUGGAGUACUCCCCAAGAAGAAGCAGUAGGAGGGCUUUGGAGGAGGUAGCAGUUGAUGGGACUGGCUGAUCGUGGUAGAAGUUGAGUUCAUAUAAUUAUAUAUAACAACAAAAUAUAUUUAUAUGUAUAAGUUACACAACUAAGCCAAUGAUUAGGGAUUGCUUGAUACCACCUUUUAAUUGCCCACACCACAACCUUGAGUAUCUACUGAUACCAAUCCGACAGUCUUCCACAAACAACUAUGCUGUUAUUUAUAUGGAUGCACUUUGCAAGAUGGCCGUCUAAAAAAACAUCAUGCUGAAACUGUGAAACAAAUACUCUAUUCCCAUAAAGGAAGAAGAGGGUAGCCCACUGCAUGACUACAUGACUCAGUUUUUAUCAUAUGUAAAAAAACAUUAUCAGCCGGCAUGCUCUCUAAACAUUGGUAUCGGCCAGUGAAAAACCAUUAAUAGCCACUGGACUAGGAGUAAAUGCUCAUAAUAUACAAUGUGACUGUGUAAUUAAUGACUGUGCAAAUGUGUAGUAACUUUACAAAUGUAACUUUACAAAUGUAAAGUUACAAUUGUAAGUGUUAAUGAUUUGAAAUAUGAAUUUUAUGAAAAUAAAUGAAUAUCACCAGUACAUUCUUUAGAUAAUUGUAUAUAUGUUAUAUAACGCAGAUGUGUUUGUCUUGUUGUUUAAGAAUCUGUUACUUUGGUUUAUAUGUUACAGAUGGAGAUGCAGAGGUCCAGGAAGAUGGUGGGGACCUCAUCGAAGUGACCUUGGAGGAUGUGCUGGUGUUUGCUUCAGGGGCAUCUGCCAUACCUGCCUUUGGUUUUAGGGAGAUUCCAACAAUCUCUAUAAUGACCUGAAUGGCAUCAGGCGGAUGUUCCCAGAAGCAAACACCUGCACCAUCACUUUGAAACUGUCCCUAAGUCAUGAUUAUGGAAAAUUAUAUGAUUUCGGGGAUCAUUCAGUCCCCAAUGUUUGGGGUAGCUUAAUGAAUUUGCUGUAUAUUCAAUUGGCUCUCAACAUUUUGAACCAAUUUUGAACAAACAUCAAUUGAUUAUACAACUGAUUACAGUUGUAUAAUCAAUUUGAUGUUUGUUCAAAAUUGGUUCAAAAUGUUAUUGAAUGAGGUCUUUAAACAUUUAAAUGAUGACCUAAACCUUGACUGUCUGUUAUUCUUCCUACCAAAGAAAAUUUUCAGUCUAACAUGAUAUUUAAUUUAACUCUGUAUACAUGAUUUUAUGGUCAGAGUUUUAUAGGAUAUAACUGCAGUGGUGAAAGUAGAUUUGACAUCUAACUGGUGAUGUCAGUCUGUUCGCUAGCAACAAAAUUCCAGUGAAACUGUCUAUACACACAACAACACAGACUGAAGAACAUGGACUUUAACAAUAUUUUUCCAUCAUUCAAGGAAUAUUGUUUUUAAUGUCACUUUCACAUUUCUGGUACAAGCUGGACUAACUCACAGGAUUUAAAGAUUUAGUAUAGCAUAUAGUUAAAUUAAAAAGAAAAUUAAAAAGAUAUUAACAGUUGGUGGCAGUAAUGCUCCGGGGUAUAAUUAUUCACAAUUAAAAAAGAUGUCAUCAGCGAAGCCCACACGCUCUUCUCUUCCCAGUCUGCAAAUGGAUUUCUGUCGGGAAGCUGUGCAGGUAAAAUCAUAACCACAAACAUUUGGAGAGCCAAAUCGAUUGCAUCUACGUUGCAUGAUGCCUUCAAUCUCUGUACGUAAAGGUUUCUCCUUCAAUUUUCUGUACCUAUAAUCUGUCAUCAGUAAUCCAGUUCUCUCAAGAUGGGUGUAGGCCCUGUGGAAGAUGAUGCCAAGCAGUGUAGCAAAGUAUGCUAUAAAGUGUAGCAAGUUUAAUAAUUAAACUUGUAUUUUAACUACAUUUUGCAGUAGCUUACAAAUAUUGAGCAAUAUUUCCAUAGUGAUUCAAGUAGUUCAAUAUUUGAACUACUUUUUUGUGAUUUUUUGUGAUUUUUUUGUGUAGUUAACUACUGAAACUACAACCAAAUUUGGGAUAUAAAAGGAAGGGAAUGAUUUUUAAUUCCAGCCCCAUCAUCCAGACCGCUGUGAAAGCAUGGGCAAUGCAUUCUUCACGUAGCCACCACCACACACUUAAGUAAAUCUGCUGUGUGCAAUACCCUCACCUGGACUCUAGUUUACUCUAGUAUACAAACCCAAAGCUGACAUUCCUUGCACUUUUCCAUAGUUGGGUAUUAGUUUUUUGGUUUAUGUUUAUCCCAAUAGUAUGCUAUAACCUGUGGACAAGUGGACAAUUUGUGUGUGGCAUUUUUGCUGGCAAAUGACUUUUUUAUUACGUUUUGUUAUAAUUUCAUAUCAUAUGUACAUUGUCAAUUUGAUCUUUUUUCUUUUUUUUUUUUUUAAAGUACAUCUACCUUUUCUAAGUAGCUUUAGUUAACCAAACUAUAUUUCUCCAUAGGGUAGCUUUGCCAGGAGCCAGGAUUGUUUGCUCUUUUGUUUGCUUGCUUGAACUGUAUA